AUGGCUCGCGAAUUCGACCUGAUCCUGCUGGGCCCAACAGGCUACACGGGCAAGUUCACCGCCGAAUACCUAUACAAAGCGUUCCCAACCACCCUCAAAUGGGCGCUUGCCGGCCGCUCAGCCUCCAAAAUCGAGGGCGUCCUCAGGGAGAUACAGGCCGAGAAUGUUGGCAGUGCGGAACCUGAAAUCAUCCCUGUGCAAUUGAACAAAUCAGAGCUCGAUGCUCUGGCGAAACGGACGCGCCUGAUUAUCAACUGCGUUGGGCCGUAUCAUUUGUACUCGACGCCGGUCGUUGAGGCAUGUGCUGAGAAUGGCACGCAUUAUGUCGACGUGACUGGAGAAACGCCGUGGCUUAAACGGAUUGUCCCCAAAUACCACGAGACCGCCAAAAAGAAUGGGGCAAUUAUGGUCCCAUCCUGCGGUGUCGAAAGCUUUCCUGCCGACAUCGUCGCCUGGCUAGCCAUUGACCAUGCGCGGAAAAAGCUAUCAGCCGAGCCCACUGAUGCAGUAGGCUGCAUUUACGACUUCAAAUCAGCCGGCCUUAGCGGUGGCACCGCUUACUCCAUCCUCAGCACAAUCGAAAGCAUGAGCUUUUCCGACCUCCUCAAGUUCAGCGACAGCCAGGGCCUUGUUGCCUCCCCGCGUCCACCAGCGCCGCAAAAAUCGCUCUUGGAACUCGUUUCGGGCGCUCGCCAAGUGCCCGACCUGGGCGCGCUGACGACAUGUCCGACAACGGUGGCCGACGAGUCGAUUGUGAACCGCAGCAGCACGCUCAUGCCGGCCCAUUACGGACCCAACUUUUCGUUCCGCCAGUAUCUGCGCGUCAGCAAUGUUUUCACGGCAACGCUUUUCCACUACGCCUUCACCAUCGGUAUUGGUCUCUUGGUUUUUGCUCCCUUUCGCUGGCUAGUCCGUCAGGUCUGGCCUGCGCCUGGUACUGGGCCGACAAGGGAAGAAACCAAAAACGAUAUUUCAGAAUGGCGUGUCGUCGUACCUACCAACCAGCUAGGGUCCACCGGUAAACCGAAAAAGGUCAUGGGCAGUAUCUUUUACCUGGGCGGCCACUACGAACUGACCGCGGUCGCGGUCAGCUGUGCUGCCAAAGCGAUUCUGGAGCAUGAGGACGAGGUCAAGAGCGUCUCGACCGGUCUUGUUACACCGGCGACGCUGGGGCAGGCGUAUGUUGACGAGUUGGAAAAUGGCGGGUUCAAGUUCCAGGUCAAGGUUUUGGAUGAGUAG